AUGGAUAACUUCUCAUGGGGUAACACCCGUAUUGUCGUCGAAGAGAAUGCUGGAAAGAGAAAACUCAAGGUUGACCCUAAUGAGGUAUUUGAUCCACGAAGUGUUCCAUUAGAAUCAUGGCAGUCUUAUGCCAAUAGAAACAACUUACCUGGCGAAGAAAGAAGAAUUGUGUUUGAUGACCGCAAGGGACGUGUCAUCAAUAAUGUUGAAUAUACCGACUACGGGUAUGACAUGCAAGACCUGUCUGCCCGAAAGAGUGUCAUGUUUGACGCAGCUACUGAGACUAGAUCUACUAGACCAUUCUCUCAAUUUAGCAUGGACAUUAACAGAGUGGGCACUCCGACAACUGCUGUUGGUGGUGAAGCUAGAAGCUUGCGACUAUCAUUAGCACCUACAGAACUUUUGGAUGACCAAGCUCAAUUUGAUGAGCAUCGCGAAGUUCAAGUUCGGGAAACAAUCAAGACGGUCUUGAGAGGUGCUGAUCUUGACACUAUGACCAAAAGACAACUUCGACAAAAGGUUGAGGACAUUCUUGGAAUGGACUUCGUUGGCAAUAAGGUGGCUGCUGUGGAUAGACUAAUAGACGAAGAGCUUGAGAGCAUGGAGAAUGAAGAGUCAGAAAUACCAGAACACCCACCAGCAGAUUUAAUUUCUACUGCCCCAGAAAAUGAGGUCGUUAAAGAUGGACCUCCCUCACCUAACAUUCCAUAG